AUGUCUCUUCUGGCCCAUGGGUCACCACACAACGUCACUUCCACCAUCAGCCAGACACCCUUUUGUCUUUCUCACAGAGACCAAACACGCAGCGAGUCGGCUCCUUGCCUGCCUCACACGUGGGGCCGGCACUGGCCCAGCAUAUGGCCGCUAGUUCAUAACUACCUACAAAUUAGGUACAUGCCUAUUCUACGCUUUGCGCCGGUUCCCAGGCCGGGCACUCGAGGCCACACAAUUCUUGUCUUGCUCGAUGACACUAGAUACCAUUCAGCUUUGGCGCCGCCACCCAGACGGAGCUUCCGUGAGACGCCGGUUUCCUCGCCGGACCGACUCCGAGAGCACAUGACUCUUAGCAAUUUUCGUGAGUGCUAUAUCGGUGAAUCGCACAAGCGAGUUCCCAGUGCCUCUCUUGAGAAGCCCGUCUGGUUCAUUCACCGUCGUCUGUGGAAAUGUUUCUGGCUGUUCAUUGUCCGAUGCCUGGCCCUGGCCAAUACUCCCCCUCGGCCUAUUAUCAUCGUCUACAUUCCUUGCGACAAAACCCACCUCAAGCUGUUGGCGCAGUGUACGAAAAAGGCAGUACCGCCACGCCGGGGCCUCCGCCGCGACGCCCUCACAUAA